GAUCUAUGAGGUGAAAGUAAACUGAAUUUUGUUGUUGUUACAGCGCAUGAUACGACAUGAAUAGAUCGGACAAGUAUGAAAAUGUACGAAGCGUGUACAGAUUAUUGAAAGAAAAAGGAGAUAUCGAAAAGUUGAAGUCCCAUGUUAGACAGAGAUUAAUCUUAGGAUUCGCAUCAUUGGAGAGUACUGUAACUAAGUACGAUGAUAGGAAUACAGAUCAAACUAUCAAAUUGGCAAACUGCAUAAUUGUAGACCAUAUGAAAGUACAAGAAUGUGACUAUUCCCUGAGCGUUUUUCUUCCGGAAGUUGGACUCACAGAUUAUGAGACUGAAGAAUAUGUGAGGAAUUUCCUGUCUUCAAAUGUGCGCUCUGGUUGCGCUGUCUGGGAUAAGAUGAUAUCUUUUCGUCAAGAGUCAAAUUCUUUUCUAGUUUCAAUUCUGAAGGCCUUAUCAGAUGUUUCAGGUAUAUUGAGUGAGAAAAAGUCAACACAGACGUUUGAUGUUGACUGUUGUGAGUUGGAUCAAAAACUGAACGAUAUUAAUAAAGAAUAUGAAGCUAUAAGAUCUUCAGAAAUUCUACAUACAAAGAAAAUAUUUGAAGAACGCUUACAGCAUUACAAAUAUGAAAUAAGUGAACAAUACCAGUUGAAAUUAACCCAACAGAUGCAUGAAUUUCGUCAAAAUGAAAUGAACACGAUGAAAUUAAAAAUGGAGGAAGAGUUUCAAAAACGCUUAGAUGAACAUGUAAAACGUUUAGAACAAGAAUUUGAAAAUCGCCUUCAAUCUUUAAAUGAACAAGAAAAAUUACUGAAAGAAAAAUAUAGUCUAUCACAACAGAAAGAAGAACGUGAAGCAUUUAUUAAACGGCAAGCUUUACAAGCUGAAUUAGACGCAGUACAAUUGAUGAAGGCUCAAUUAAACCAAGAAAGGAUUCAAAUAGAAAGAGAGAAAAUACAACUUCAAAAGGAUUGGGAGAAAUAUGAACUUGAAAGUAAAAAACAUGAAAGUCUAUUACAAAUUAGAGAAAAAACAUUAGAAAAUGAAAUUCAUGAACAUGUUGAUAGUAUUGUAAUAUCAUAUCAAUUUGAUAGAAUUCGUAUGGAAGAUGAAAUUAAACUAUUAAAACAACAUAAAGAAAUAGAGCUACAAUCUGUUCAAUUAUCAGAAAAUCAAAAAAUUCUCGAAGAAAAAUUGAAAACAUUUGAACAACUUAAACAAGAUUUAAUAAAACAACAAAAUAAAUUUACAGAAAUGGAAAUUUUUGACUAUAAUACUAUUAAAACGCAAAAUGAAGUAUUCAAAAAUGAAAUUACCAGUUUACAAAAUCAAUUGAAAAGUACUAUUAUUGAAUUAGAAGAACAAAAGCAAAUUACCGCAUCGAGAACAACAGAAUUAAGUGUAUUCAAUGUUGUAAAGCAAGAAAUUGAAAGAUUAACAAAUACUUUGAAUAAUGAUCGUGCAUCAUUUAUUCAAGAAAAGAUUACCUUACAAAAAAAAUUAAAUGAACAACAAACUGAAAUACAUAAACUAAUGGAACGUCUUGCAUUGUAUGAAGGUCAAGUAAUUCAUUCUACAGAAUACUAUCGUAAUAAUUGUAUUGAUAAUUCAUCUAUUCAUCCUCCUCGUAAAACUUACCAAGAUUUCAACAAAGUUGACCAGUUAACUGAAGCUGAACGUCGAUCAAUUUAUGAAGAAUGUAAUCUAUCAAUCUCAAGCGAUCUAAGUAACAAAAGUUUAAUGACUGAGAAAAAGGUUACAAAAUUAAGCAAUACAAUACCUAUUCAAUUAUCAGAUGAAUGGUCAAAACGUCUUGAAUUAUCCCGUCGGCGAAUAGCUCAAUUGCAAUUAGUCAGUGAGCAGUUUGAUUCAAUAUAUGAAGAAUGGAAAUCUGUUGAUUUACGUCAAUUCUUAUCAAAACUUCAUAGUGAUCUACCUAAUGUUUUACACAAUAUCAACUUAGAUGGAUUCAUAAACUGUAAUGAGAUAGCCUUACAUAAUCCAUUCAUUAUGAAUAAGGAUGAUAAUCAAUUAGAUGAUAUUAUGCCUCCCAUGUACCAUGUUGACGACUCAAAAUCUAUGCAGUUAAAUCAUCAGCAUUGUAAAGAAUCUCCAGCAAGUGGAACUCAGGAAGAUGGAAAUAAACCCUUAUUUAUCGAAACUAAUCCCGAAUCAAGAAGAAAUGAUAACGCAGAACUUCAGAAUAUCCAUGAUGUUAAGGAUCAAUCAUAUGCAAGUAGUUUGCAUGAUUCAACUUAUGGUUCUGAUAUCAAUACACCAAAAUCUAAUCAUUUAUCAGACUUACAAAGAUCAUCUAAUGAAGGGUUGAAUAUCGUUUCCAAAACCUCUGCAGUAUCCGGUUUCAAUCACCUCCAAUCUGAUUGUCCUAACUAUUCCACUGAAUACCUUAACCAUAUUAGACCAGAUUUUAUCCAAUCCACAGAAUCAAUAUCUCAAUCACAGUCUGUUCAAUCUUUACCUUUAAGAAACUCACAAAGCACUUCACUUAAGAGUGGAACAACCAACUGCAAGGUAUCACCUCGAUCACACAAAAAGGACCAGCGAAUGAGAGCAAUAAAUGUUGAACAUUCUGACAAUGAGAUGGAAGAAAACGAAAUUUCAAAUCAAAUCAGUAGUGGAAAAAAGGAUGUCAAUAACGAGCUGAAGAAUAACAAGGCUGAAAGUAUUGAAGAUGGUUUCCCAUUGCUGCUGAAAACACCGCGAACUGACCGUACAGAAGGUGAAACUGCCAGUUUGACUGAAUCCAUUGAUAUACUCAAUGGAAAGUGUUCACCGAGAAAUGAUACUGUCGAAGUGAAAAGAUCAUCCACUGAAGGAAAAACACAAACAAUUGGGUUAUCACUUUCAAAUAUACAUCAAAAUGGUCAUAAUGCAGACUGUGAUAUUAUGGAGAAAUAUCUUCGACUCAGUUUAGACAAUCAAUCCAAGCCUUUAGUGUCUACAAACAAUCAAACAAAUACCAUACAACCAAUAAUGACUAAUGGAUUGCAUUCACCUAGUCCAAAAAAUAUACGAACAUGGGUUGAAAGUAAUUAUCAUUUCAGUUCUAGUGAAUCAGAUAUCAGUUUUAAGAAGAGAGAUCUAUCUUCCCUGGAGAAAUUCAUUGACAAGAAGCCAAUUCAAAAUGCUGAUGAAAUCGACAGUGGCUCAGAUUACGUAUGGUAA